AACUUUAUUUUGGGACUACCUCCUGCCGCAAGCAGUUCUUUCUCAUACUAACUCGUGCAAAAACUCAGUUAACCUCCAGACUUAUUAACCCAAACCAGGAAAAAUCAGCUGCCAAUAGGAUCAUCAUCAUCACUACCAUCUGACAUCAGACACCUCACGAAAAGAGGAGCAGAAUCAUUCAUCCAUUCAUCCCUACGAAGGUGGCACCAACACAGAGGGCAUCAUGGACGACGCUGCUCCUUCGUGGCAAAACGACUCGUUUCCCUCGUUCAACACCACAGCUUUCAUGUCCCCGGUGGUGGACCAAGCCCUCAAAGCACUCAGCACAGCUAUGUUAGGCAUUGUCAUGGUUUCAGUGGGAUGCACCAUGGAGCUGUCCAAGAUCAAGAUGCACUUCCUGAAGCCGAAGGGUUUGGUGAUAGCACUGCUCUCUCAGUAUGGAGUCAUGCCUUUCACCGCCUUUUGCCUCGCUAAGGCGUUCCAGCUGACGGACAUUAGGGCCUUGGUGAUUCUGAUCAGCGGCUGCUCUCCUGGAGGAAACCUCUCCAACGUCUUCACUCUGGCUCUGAUGGGCGACAUCAACCUCAGCAUCGUGAUGACUGCCUGCUCCAUGCUCCUGGCUCUGGGGAUGAUGCCCCUGCUGCUGUUGAUCUACUGUCAGGGUUUCCCUCAACUGCAGGAAGCUAUGCCCUACACCGGCCUCGUCAUAUCACUCUCCUUGCUCAUCAUAGCCAGCGGGGUGGGCAUCCUCCUCAACUUCUACAGGCCGCGGUACGCCAAAAUCGUCAAGAAGGUUGGCUUCAGUUUAGCGCUGGCCUGUUUGUUGGCGAUCCUUGUCAUCAUUGCCAUGGAGUUGUCCUUCUGGAAAUUAAUGUCUCCUCCUCUGUUGGUCUCCGCCGCUCUGAUGCCUCUCAUUGGCUACACCUUCGGAUAUCUCAUCUCGUCGCUGUGCAAGCUCAGCGAACCGGAGCGGAGGACCGUGGCUAUAGAGACAGGCUGUCAGAACACCCAGCUGUGUGGCGCCAUCCUGGUGGUCGCCUUCCCCCCCGCGGUGAUGGGCCCCCUCUUCAUGUUCCCCUUGGUCUUAUCCUUCUUCCAGCUCACGGAGGGCGCUGUGAUCGCCGGGCUGUUCAGGUGUCACCGCCGGUUCAUGCAAAAAAAGAAAGUCCCAUCAGACAAGGCGUACGAGCCAGCACCCACUGACGACAUCGCAAAUGUGCUACUGUGACAGACUCAAUUCAAAUGCCUCCUGAUAUCUGUGAACACCAGCUGAGAAAAAAAGCCAGAUGAAGACUCAAUAAAACACUUUACUUCGGCCAUUUUGUCUGAUCUGCUGUUUGACAACCUGUGAAUCUAUUUGCUUUGAUGAAGAGAAAACUCCCGAUUAGUUUAAAAUGUUUUUUAUUGAGUCCACUGUCUUCCUACAGCGUACAAACGUCCAUCAUAAUUGAUUUCACUGAAAAUACAAUCCAACGGUAAAAAAUGUUGUAUUUUCCACAAUGUUCAUUUGAACCACAGUAACUUUAACCCGUCACAUUACCAACAAGGUUUCUUGGAAUUACAUUUAUACAAUUAUGUAAAAACAAAAGUCUCCAAUGCUGUACACAAAACCCUAAACAAAACAAGAUGAAAUAACAUUCAGUAAAAUGCUAUAAUAAACUGCUUUAUGCAUCAACUCUAUUUUUAAGUGUUGAGAUCAGAGAGAUGAACAUCCCCCUACAAAAUAAAAGCCUCACAGUCACCGCAAGAUCCUUGAACUGAUGUUAAUUACUGUACAGCUCUUUAACCGGUGGGGAAAUGUGCUCAAUUGUACAAAUGUUCUUGAUACAGAAGCUGCAAAAGUUGGUUAUGAUGAUGAAGGACGAUUUAAGUAUUCAUUUCAUGAGAUUCUGAAUUUUGAGCAAACAAGAGCACAUGCAAGCCUCCAAGGUUCUACACAUCACAGCAGCGGUGGGUACAGUACGCGAGAAAAAUGGGAAAAGACACGAAAAGGCUUCGAAAAUGAGCGACACGGAGAAAAAUAUGUUAAGGUUAAAAAAAGUAUCCAAACUACGAGCAAAAGUAUCACAGGAAGUAAAGAAAGUGGUUGCACAAUCUAUCAGAAGCGUCCCGCAGCUGCUGAAACACACAGAUUCGUGUAGAAUGAACGUAGACGCUGUGGGGGGGGGGGGGGGGGGGCUGGACUGACUGGGUGUAAACAUGCAUAUGAG